AUGCUCUACCUGAGGGCCACGCCAGGGUCGGAGGUUCGGGGAACAGUUACAGCCUCGGGCUCAUUUUGCACUGGGUGUGUAUUCGAGAGGGGAUGCUACGUCAGCGCGUCUCGGCGUGAGACGGUGAUAUUCCGGCGGUGCUGUAACAGCUUCCGGCGGAGUCUGGAUGUUGAUGUCCCUCUGACGCUGUGUUGCCCUCGAAGCCGAGCGAGCUCCGGAGGUGUCCAGAGGAUUUCCAAUAUUUGCCGCGGUAACCUUAACAGCCUGCCAAGAUGGCGAUGCAAGCGGCCAAGAGGGCGAACGGGGAACACACCUGAAACUAGAGGAACAGCUUACGUGGUAUAUGAAGACAUCUUUGAUGCCAAGAAUGCAUGUGAUCACCUAUCAGGGUUCAAUGUCUGUAACAGAUACCUUGUGGUUUUGUACUAUAAUGCUAACAGGGCAUUUCAGAAGAUGGACACAAAGAAGAAGGAGGAACAGUUGAAGCUUCUCAAGGAGAAAUAU